CAGUCCAUGAAAAAAGUUUAGAUUGUAGUAAUCUCUAUUCAAAUUAAUUUCUUCCAGGAGGUAGUGGUGAUUUUUCAGUAAGCUUCAACUGCGCAUGUGUAACAGAAAGAUAGAUUUUCUAUUUAUUCCAUGUGCACAAGCUAACCGGAGUUAAUCGUUAAAUCAUCAUAUGUACAUUUAGUGUUAGCAUUUAAUAUCAAGAGGAGCUGAACUGAAUUUGAGAAGUGUUGUGUGAAAUAGAAACUAACUUUUUUUUGAAGAAAAAAAAAAGAAUUAUUUCAAAUGGUUAUAGCUAAAUAACUUGUGAACAGAGAAGUUGAAGUGCGCUUUAUUCAAACAUAUGACAGUGGUUAAAAUAGUUUUGUUUAUUUAUAUUUAUAUUUAUAAAUAAGUUUGUUGAAAUAGAACAAUAACACGGACACUAAAUGAUGGAUAUAGCUUUAGCAAAAAUGGAGCAUCUCCAUAAUCAGGCACAGGCCAUGAUGGCUCAGAGCCGGGUCUCUCCAUCUCUCAGCCAUAGCAGUCCCGAGCCUCCGACCACACCCAUCGUGUCCCGGGGACCAAGCUUAGCCAGUAUGCACGGAAGCAUGUUGAGUCAUGGUCACGAUAUUCUGAGUAAACUUCAUAAAGUAUCGUACAGCUCCCCGCCACCGAUCGCCUGCAGCCCGGAGAACAACGUGUGCAAGCUAAUCAACUAUCGCGGGGCAAAGAUCGCCGCCUUUAACGUUGACGGACGGGAACUCAUAUGUCUGCCACAGGCUUUUGAAUUAUUUCUUAAACACUUGGUCGGAGGACUCCAUACAGUGUAUACAAAAUUGAAAAGACUAGACAUAACUCCAGUGGUGUGUAACGUUGAACAGGUUCGAGUCUUGAGAGGACUUGGGGCUAUUCAACCCGGUGUAAAUAGAUGCAAGCUUAUCUCGUGCAAAGAAUUUGACGUGCUGUAUGAUGAUUGCACAAAUUCAAGUGCUCGACCCGGGAGACCCCCGAAACGAAGCCCAUCUCUGCAUGCCAGUCCUGAAACAAUUGACAAGUUAAAGAAGACGAGAUUUGAUGGUACAGACUACUACAAUGCUUCCCGCUUCUUUGAUUCCACGAAAAGUUUCCUAAAUGGUUUCCCUCCUCAUCCAUAUACGAUGGGUCAUUUACCGUUUAUGCAGCUCAACCACCCGCUUCUAGCCCCACCGGUCACUCUUGCCAUGGCACAACAGCUGGGAUUCAGACACGAAGGUCUCCUGGCACGAGACAGUCAUACAUCGGAGCAUGAGAGAGGAUCCGAGGAGAACGAGAAUAAACACAGAUCUUCUCCUCAUCCAAGUGACCUCCCCUACCACCCGGCAUAUAACCACAAACCGCCACAGCACAAAGAGCAUGAAAGCAACAUCCCUUUGAACCUUCACAUCAAUGGCCAUGCCGAGGACUUGCGGAAAUCUCCGAGUUUAAGAUCGGAAGAUCCGAUGAGUGACGACAACAACGAUAUUGAUGACGACAAUCCUUCGGAUGACGACAAAAGCGCAGCUGAUAGUGGCGACCUCAUGGAUACACUGUCUCAGAGUGAGCAAGGGGAGAGAACUGCACAAAGUCCUCACAACCCAGGCAGUAUGAGUAACGGGACUUUGUCAGGCUAUUCUUCAAUAGAGACAUUACUUCUAAAUAUUCAGGGUUUAUUAAAAGUUGCCGGGGAAAAUGCAAGACACCAGGAGAGACAAAUAGGUGAUCUUAAGGCAGAUCUAAUCCAGGAAAAGAAGGCGAGAGAAGAUACCGAGAAACAGUUGGCUGAAGAACAGAAGCAAAAAAAUAUUCUUUUGCGGCGUUUAAAGAAAGAGAGGCGUGUAAGGAAGCGACUUGAGGAAAAGGUACCAGAGAAUAUGGUCAACCACGUGACCCAGAAACAAGAAAUAAUCCCAGUAAAUAACAAUGAGAAAAUACAACCACAUAAACAGAUAUCUAGUGACGAAGAUAAUCACGAGCGACAUAGUAAUUCCAGCAACACGCAUGCGCAUGACACCGGAAACAGGACACCCGUGACUCCGAUACCGCAGUAUCCUCAAUUGUGACUAUAAAACCUAAUUUGAGAAAUGCAGACUCAUUCAGACACUCAUAUUCUAAGUUAAAUAAAUGCAGGAUGUCUAUUGGUCAAUAAACGUGACAUUGAAGACACACGUGCAUUCAUGUUUAUACGUGACAUCGAGGACACACGUGCAUUCAUGUUUAUAUCAGACAACCGAGGUUUUACUAACAUAUUUCUUAUGUCAAAAAGACGUUAAGAAAUUAAAAUGUUACUUUCAAGAAGAGAACAGCUCUGACCAAAACUGUCUCGGCAGACGACAAAACACAGAGAAAAUCUGCAUUUACUUGCUCGUGCAUAGGCCACAAUUGUCGUAAAAUGCCAUAUUGAGCCAACGCAUGGAUGAACGAUUUGAUGUAUACAGAAUAGACAAAAUUGAGUCGUUUUUGUCUUAAAUAUAUAAGUGUCACAAAACUUUAGCGUUCCCUAUUCGGGAUUUUUCUUUACACAAUAUUGAGAAACAUGUUGAUUUACACAUUUUGUAUGUUAUAUAAAAUAUCAUGCAUUUUUGUUCAUUGCCAACUGUGAAAUGUUUUAUAUAUAAAAUAUUUUAGACAUCCUAUAUGUGUAUUUCCAGUAGAAACUACUACUUUUAUUAUUAUUAUCUGUACUUUUUGUAUGUAAAUUGUUGUUACGUAAAUGUGAAAAUAUUUUCAGUCGUCAAUAAAACGAUGAAUUAAACUAUGUCAUUUA